GUAGUUUACUCCCACCCUUAAACAUAAAGGAACCUAUUUCCUCCAACCGUGAGUGGGAGUUCCAUUUUUUCGUUACUGUAAUACUGUUAUUGCACAGUUUCAACUACAUUUGAAAGACCGGUAAUUCCAACGUUGUUGGUUGUUUCCGUACCCCCGUUUUCAAACAGACGCAAUUCGCCUCCUAAAUAUUUUCGAAGCUAUUUAUCAAAGAGGAGAUACGUCUUAUUUCUUUAAUUUCGAAUGUUGCCAAUAAACCCUAGUUCCAUUUUCACUCCGACGAGGUUUACCUGUUCCGCAUUCCUCUCUCCUCAUCCUAAGACCACCAUAUUCAUUCGUUGCCACGCCGCCGCUGACCCACCGGCCGGCCCGUCGUCGUCCUCAUUCAACUUCGUUUCCACCGCCGAUGCCGCUUCCUCCCCCAGCGCCGGCAGAAUUUCCCAUAACUCCGACGGCACGGCUCCGGUGGAGAAGCGAAGUUCGAGCAAAAACAUGAAAAUCAAUGGUUGGGAAAGACCUUGGUCGCGUAAUAGAGAGAGCUACUUGGCGGAUGAUGGGGAACCUCUUCCUCUUCCUAUGACUUAUCCUAACACUUCUCCUGUUUCGCCUGAGGAAAUUGACCGUCGCCUUCGUUGUGAUCCCCAAAUUGAGGAUUGCAAGGAAGUCGUCUAUGAGUGGACUGGAAAAUGUCGGAGUUGCCAAGGAACAGGAUUUGUUAGUUACUAUAACAAACGAGGGAAGGAGACCAUCUGUAAAUGCAUACCUUGCCAAGGAAUCGGUACAAGUUAUGUGCAGAAGAUAACAGCACGAAAGGAUAUCGAUGUGAUGGAGGACUUGGAUAAUGGGAAACCACCUUGGCAGAAGUAAAUGAUCAUCUAAUACACAUUUUUGUCUAACCUUAGCAGACAUUGACGAUAACUUUGAAGAGGCUUAUUUAUUACGGAAUCGUAGUAUUCUUUAAGGUGUAAAGACAGUUGCCUGACGACAUAUUUUCUCAGAGUCAAAUAAAAGGGAGAUACCAUACUACAUUCAUAAUGCAAGUAAGAAGUUCUUGGAGAUCAAGGCGGGCGUUCUGUGAAGAAUGAUGAUUAUAUUCUUGGUCCCAUAAGUAAAUGUUAUUAGUUUACUUCUUCCCAACUCUAGGUGGUUAAUAAAUCAUUGGUUAUGAGAUCAGGUCUCUGUUAAUGUCAUGCCCCUUCUAUUCAUUGCCUGACCUUUCGACUGUAUUCUAAUGUAUCAGUCUUCUUUCCA